AUGAGCACGCAGAGCAACGUGUUUUUGGCGCUGCAGCCGGAGAAGCGCAAGAAAAAGACGGCCGAGCCGCCGCAGAGCAAGAUGUUCGCGUCCUUCGUGAACAACCCGUCCACGUCGGCCUGGGGCGACGACAGCGACGACGAGAUGCACGUGGCCGAGGCCCCCGCCCCCGCCGCUGCUGCUGCUGCCCCCAAGAAGGCGGCCGGCCCGGCCCGCACGCUGUCCAAGAAGGAGAAGAAGGAGCUCGAGAUGAAGGAGUUCGAGGCCGCGCUGGCCGACCUCGGCGUCAAGGUGGAGGACGCCCCCAAGCCCAAGAAGGACGAGACCAAGAAGGAGGAGAAGAAGGCGGAGACGCCCGCGGACGCCGGCGCCUCGGACAAGAAGAAGAAAAAGAAGGGCAAGAAGCCCGCCAAGGCCGCCGAGCCCGAGACUGCCACCACGGAGGUGGUGGACAUCAAGGCCGUCAUGAAGGCCAAGGGCAAGAAGAAGAAAGCGGCCGAGCCCGCCGCCGUGCGGAUCGCUCGCGAGGAGAAGGCCAAGGCCAAGGGCAAGGGCAAGAAGGACAAGAGCAACUUCAACGAGUUCUCCAUCUAG